AUGUCCGAAAUUACUUUAGGUAGAUAUCUUUUUGAAAGAUUACACCAAUUAAAAUGUGAUACUAUUUUUGGUGUACCAGGUGAUUUUAAUUUAUCAUUAUUAGAUAAAAUUUAUGAAACUGAAGGUAUGAGAUGGGCUGGUAAUGCUAAUGAAUUAAAUGCUGGUUAUGCAGCUGAUGGUUAUUCAAGAGUUAAAGGUAUUUCAGCUGUUGUUACAACAUUUGGUGUUGGUGAAUUAUCAUUAACAAAUGCUAUUGCAGGUUCAUUUGCUGAACAUUGUCCAGUUUUAAAUAUUGUUGGUUUACCUUCAGUUUCAGCUCAAGCAAAACAAUUAUUAUUACAUCAUACUUUAGGUAACGGUGAUUUUACUGUUUUCCAUAGAAUGUUUAAAAAUAUUAGUCAAACUUCAGCUUUUAUUGCUGAUAUUAAUUCUGCACCUGCUGAAAUUGAUAGAUGUAUAAGAGAUGCUUAUAUUUAUCAAAGACCAGUUUAUUUAGGUUUACCAUCAAAUUUAGUUGAUUUAAUGGUUCCAGCAAGUUUAUUAGAAACUCCAUUGAAUUUAUCAUUAAAACCAAAUGAUCCAGAUGCUCAAGAAGAAGUUAUUCAAACUGUUGAAAGAUUUAUUUCUGAAGCUAAAAAUCCAAUUAUUUUAGUUGAUGCUUGUGCUUCAAGACAUAAUUGUAAAGAAGAAGUUGCAAAAUUGGUUGAUUUAACUCAAUUCCCAGUUUUUACUACACCAAUGGGUAAAUCAGGUAUUAAUGAAUCACAUCCAAGAUUUGGUGGUGUUUAUGUUGGAUCAUUAUCACAACCAGCUGUUAAAGAGGCUGUUGAAUCUGCUGAUUUAGUUUUAUCAAUCGGUGCAUUAUUAUCAGAUUUUAAUACUGGUUCAUUUUCAUAUGGUUAUAAAACUAAAAAUGUUGUUGAAUUUCAUUCAGAUUAUACAAAAAUAAGACAAGCUACAUUCCCAGGUGUUCAAAUGAAAGAAGCUUUACAAAAAUUAUUAACAACUGUUCAAUCAUCAAUAAAUCCAAGUUAUCAACCUUCACCAGUUCCAUCUGUUAAAUUAUUAGCUUCACCAGCACCUGCAAAUACUCCAUUAACUCAAGAAUAUUUAUGGACAAAAGUUUCAUCAUGGUUUAGAGAAGGUGAUAUUAUAAUUACAGAAACUGGUACAUCAGCAUUUGGUAUUGUUCAAUCAAGAUUUCCAAAUAAUACAAUUGGUAUUUCACAAGUUUUAUGGGGUUCAAUUGGUUAUACCGUUGGUGCCACAUGUGGUGCAGCAAUGGCAGCACAAGAAAUUAAUCCAAAUAAAAGAGUUAUAUUAUUUGUUGGUGAUGGUUCAUUACAAUUAACAGUACAAGAAAUUUCAACAUUAUGUAAAUGGGAAUGUAAUAAUACUUACUUAUAUGUAUUGAAUAAUGAUGGUUAUACAAUUGAAAGAUUAAUUCAUGGUGAAAAGGCAACUUAUAAUGAUAUUCAACCUUGGAAUAAUUUACAAUUAUUACCUUUAUUUAAUGCCAAAGAUUAUGAAACAAAGAGAAUUUCAACAGUUGGUGAAUUAAAUGAAUUAUUUAAUUCAAAGAAAUUUGCAACUCCUGAUAAAAUUAGAAUGAUUGAAAUUAUGUUGGCUAGAAUGGAUGCUCCAGCUAAUUUAGUAGCACAAGCUAAAUUAUCAGAAAAGACAAAUGCAGAAUCAAAUUAA